GAGAGAGAGAGAGAGAGAGAGAGAGAGAGAGGGAGAGAAAGAGAGAGAAAGAGAGAGAGAGAGAGAGAGAGUGCAGCUGAGCAGGCAGCAGGAGAAUACUACCACACACACUUCAACUCAACUCUGGGCUCCCAGUCACUCGAGCUGUAGAAGUGCAUCAACUCUUGGACUUGAUAGUUUGCAUGGACAACCCCAAGUGAACACCUUGGCUAUAGAUUGGUUUGGCCGGAGGCAGAGAGGUUGCCACAUUGCUACCCUCACUGCGCUACCAACACAGUUGGAGCUACAGCAGUGAGCAGAACCCGGACCUGAUCCAACUUCCCUGGGACUAAGAGACUGUGCAUUCCCCUUGAGCUCCUGGACACGGCCAGCCUGUGGGAUGGACAGAUCCCCUGCAUCUCCCGAGUAAGGCAGCGCUUCUGCUGGAUCUUGUUUUGGAUGUUUUGUUUUGGUUAUUGUUGUGUUUUUAGUGUGGCGAACACACCAGCGCUGAACAGGAGUGAGUAGAGCGUCCUGCUGUCCAUCUCCAUCUCCCUCUCCCUGCGCACCCCACCCUGAGAUUUCACAGACCCUCCUCUCCGUGUCUUCCUCUGGGCAGCCCGCGUGUCCCCUCUGCUACCCCCCCCCCCCCCUCUCCUCCCUCACACCACUCCCCCCCCCCCCUUACCCCAUAGCCCUCACACCCCACCCCUCCCAGACAGAGCAGAAAGCGUGAAAAAUCUCACUAAUGGGUUUAUUUGCUGUCAGAUCUGUGCCGAUCUGUCAUUCCCAGACGACCGUUCUGCUUGAAACAUUUCAUAGCUGAGUAGCCCCCCUCCUGCCUCUCUCUCUGGCCAGAGGUAGUGGAGCCCCUGCAUCAUUCUGCUGGCCGAGAGAGCUUGUCAAACAGACAGAGAGAGAGAGAGAGAGAGAGAGAGACAGAGAGAGAGAGAGAGAGAGAGAGAGAGAGACAGACAGACAGAAAGAGAGAGACAGAUAGAGAGAGACAGAGAGACAGAGGCAGCAGCAGCAGACAGUCUGACAGCAUCAGCGGACAGAGAGUGAAUUUGUCCCCUCCUCAGUUGGUCAUCCAAGGCAUCUACUCCCCAUCACCACCACCACAACCAGCACCACCAACAACAACACCACCACCAACACCACCACCACCACAAAGCCGGUUCCGACCUCCAGCAGAACCCAGUGGUUUCUUCCCACCAAGAUCUCUGAGCGGGUGCUGAGCGGAAGUGUGUGUGAAGAUGCGGGUCGGGCCCGGCCCACUAGCGGUGCUGGCCUUAGUGUUCUGGACUCAGUGUGUCCUCCUAGACGGGGUCGAGGCCAAGAAGGAGAGGAAGAGACCCAAGGAGGCCCCGCCACAACACACAGAGAACUCCAACACCACGCUGUCCAACAGUGAGGAGGUCGGAGGGACCAUCAAGGUAGGACCCCAAAAUGUUUCUGACAACCAGCGUGUUGACCCACUGGGAUCAUGGAUGGACUUUGUGAAACGACCUGUAGGCAACUUCAGAAAAUGCCCCAAACGGAGACGGCCCCUGCCCGGACCCCCCGGCCCGCCUGGACCACCAGGACCUCAGGGACCCCCUGGCUCUCCGGGGGCAGAGGUCACCCAGGAGGUGCUCCUCCAGGAGUUCAAGGAGAUGAUCAAAGAGGCCACGGAGCGCAGAGCGUCGGCGCUGGAGCGACAGAGCAGCAGCCCCAGCCUGCCGCCUCCGGCGCUGCUCGCUCUAGAAGGGAUGAGCUCGUACCGCCGGAUAGAGGAGGCCUUCCACUGCAAGCUGAAAGGCCCCGUGGUGAUAGACAAGAAGACCCUGGUGGAGCUGCAGAACUUCCAGACGCCUCCGGCGAAAGGAGCGUUUCUGAGAGGGUCGGGCAUGGACCAGUCUACUGGCAGAUUCACCGCACCCAUCACCGGGAUAUACCAGUUCUCUGCCAAUGUUCAUAUUGACCACAACGAGGUGAAGAGGAGCAAGAGCCAGCUGAAGGCCAGAGAUAACGUGCGUGUUCUGAUCUGCAUUGAGUCUCUCUGCCACCGAUACACGUCACUGGAGAUGAUUGUUGGCUUGGAAAGUAACAGCAAGAUAUUCACUGUCAGCGUGCAAGGUCUGCUGGAGCUACAGGUUGGACAGUACACAUCCAUAUUUGUGGAUAACGCUGCUGGGGCCUCCAUCACCAUACAGAGUGGCUCUGAUUACAUGGGCAUGCUGCUCGGUGUAUAGACGGCCCACCAACACCAGCACCAUCCAUCCACCCACCCACACAUCCCCAAGGACAGCCACUUAGAACUGCCCAUAAGGAGACACCUGUAUCUUGUUGGGCAUCAAGGAUUAUUCAACUUGGAUUUGCCGGUGGACUUUUUGCAGAUGCCGAAAAGACAGUAUAACAAACUUUCAUGGGCUGGAUUUGUAUCUUUACACAAUAAGCUGUCCCCCAUCCCAUCCAGGAUUAGGUUGGCCUCAUUGCACCCUAAUACAACAAUAGUUUCUUUUAAUCACAAUAGAGUUCGGUGGAACAGUGAACCAUUCAAACAGUCACGCGAGGCCCUUCUUAGCGGCAUAGCAAAUGUGUUGGUCAGAAUAUGAUAAGGGGGACAGCAGCAUCAGAUAGAGAAAUAUAUGUUUUAUAAUAUAAUGUAUAACAUAAAGAUGUGUUUGGGUUUUGUCUUUGUGAUCCGUUUUCAUUCAAAAUGUAGUAUUUUCGUAUGUUUAAACAUUUGUCUACAUUAUUUGUGUUGUAAAGACUCUUUGAGUACACUGGACCGGUAUAUAGACCCAGGAUCUAAGAGAAGUUGAAUAUCCGAUGUAAUUACACUUUUAUGCUAUAUUGUUAUUUCAAAGAAUUCCAGACACAGAUAAACAUUUGGAGAAGACAGAGAAUGUUUAAAGUUCUUCUUUUGUUGUGUUUUGUGUAUUUUUUGAGAAUCUUAGGAAUUCACCAGACAAGCAUUUUAUUGAACAUGGUUUUCACGUCUGAGGUAUGUUCAACGCCAUUGUGGGAGUUUCCACUUGAAUAUGAAUCACACUUAACAUUCCUGGAUUACAACAAACAAUUUUUCUUUUCAUUUCAUUCUGAAUUAACUGCAUCAUUUACCGUGAUUAGAGAUUACAUCAUUAAAUAAAUCUAGCGAUCUGUGAUUCACUUAUAAUUCACCAUAGAUAUGUGUAAUAUUGUUCAUCUUGUAUCUAUAUUUUUCGGUAAAAUGUAUUAAUUUACCUGGGGGGGGUGAAAAGCCUUUUCGCCUGGAUAUGUAAAAUUCUUCCACGUCUGUUUCCACUUCAAUAUUAGCUGGUGUUACUUCUCUUUAUGAUAAUUUGAUUGUAAAUUACUCAGAAUUUCUUGAGGAAACACUGAGCUUUAAAAUAUGACCACCUCCUCUUGUGGUUUGAAUUAUAAAUCUCUGCCAUUUCAUUUCCAUAAACAUAUUUCCCGGAAACCGCAGCUCAUAUAACGAGUGUCUUUCUAUGUUAAUUGUUUUAAUUUGUAUUCUACUGUGAUUCCAUGCCUAAACUCUUGGUUGUGCAGAUUUAUGAAAUUCAAAUAGGACUUUGGAUAAACAUGGACCUCAUCCGUCUAUUUCUUCUCAUAAUUCCUCAAAAAUGUUCUAAGUGUAACGUGUAUAUAUCUUGAUUGACCUUAACGGUACAUCACAAGACAUUAUUAAGACGCUUCAAGGCUUAUUCAUCACUAUUUCUUGUCCAACCACUUGUACUAACCUGUUUGCAUCAGUGCAGGCCUUAUCAUCAGGCUUCUCAGGAAAGCUCUGCUGGGAAGCCAACUGUCACAUACUGUAUCCGGAAACCCACUGCAAACCCCUAGCACCCACCUGCUAAGUUAUUGUGGCGUGUUUUUGUGUGUCUGCGCAAACUAUAUCAAACACUGGUCGUCUACUUCCUGAACAACUCUACCUGCAUUCUGUCAGUCUUAUUUGGUAUUUAAGUUAUUAUUUCUGUUGUUAUUUUUGCCUUUCAGUUACAACGCAACAAUUGUGCUUUCAUUCUCUGAGCUUUCGGUCUGCAUGCCAACCAUAAUGUUUUCCAAAUAAAUAUAAAUUAAUUAAUAAAUAAAGUUCUCUUUGGUUGA